AUGUGCUGCAGCACUCCAGUGAGAGAGACGGAGGAUCUGCGACCACAUGUUGGAUUGCUUUCUCUAACUUUCUCUGUUUCUCUCUCUCAGCCAGUUGGUCAGUUACGACGCGCGGGAGUGACGCUUGCUGUGGUUGACCUUCUCUUUCAAUCUCUGUGCUCCCACGCCUCCACACCGACGUGCAAUGAGGCGCCCCCCAACGCCUUUUGGGCCGCUGAUACGUUGUGCGGGUGCCACGCUGCUGGGGCAGCCGCAUCGGGCGGCGGCGGCGGCGGCGGCGGCGGGACACAUGACAAAGAAAAAGGG